AUGAGCACAGAUAAAAUAAAACGUUCUCACCCUCAUUCACAUGACAUCAUUGAUUUGGCGUUAGCAAAAUUUUUUUUUGGCUGCAAUAUAUCUAUGAACGUUAUUGAAUCCGAAUUAUUUAGAGAGUUUAUAAAACUCUUAAAUCCUUAUUACAAAGUCCCAUCAAGAAAAAAACUUUCACAUCAAUUGUUAGACAAGGUCCACAAUGAAAUAAUAUCUAAAGACGUAAAGCAACAUGAAACAAUGGGUGUAUUGUUAAUCGAUGGUUGGAAGAAUUCUGCUGCCAACUCCAAACUAAUUGUCUCUACAAUCCAUACAGUAAUGGAUAAAAGUGUAUACCUCAAUUCGUGGGACUUAACUGGCAUAAGAGAAACAGGAGAAGUAUUAAUAAAAAUUGUGAAUGAAGCUACGGAGAUUGCUAAGAAUAAAUUUAAUAUCCGUAUUUAUGCCAUCGUAUCAGACAAUGCUUCUGCAAUGAUAUUAAUGGGUAAUUCAGUUGAUUUAUGGCAUGUGACUUGUGCAAGCCAUAGUGGUAAUUUAUUAGCAAAGUCCUUGGUAAAUUCAAAAUACGCUGAAUCUGUAAAUCGAUUAUUAAGAGAAUUUAAGCAGCCAGGUCCAGAAAAAGAAAUCAUAGAACGUGGAGGACAAAAAAUUAUUCUUGCUUGCGAAACUCGAUGGUGCAGCUACAGGGAUGCAUUUCGUUGUUGCCUAAAAAAUUUGUCAAUAAUGCGUCAAAUAAUAAAAGAUAAGACAAUUACUAUUAAGACUGAAUGUUCCAAAAUAUUAUUUAGCGAAGACUUUGAAACAACACUUCAAGAUUACAUAUUGAUUUUUGAUCCUGUAUGCACACUUAUUAAUAAAUGUCAGCAAUCUAAUACCAAUAUUGCAGAUGCUUGCGAAGAAUGGUUUAAAUUAAUUAUACCGACAGCUAAUGAUAAUUACGAGAAAAUAAUAGAAGAGAGACUGAAAAAAGCUUUAAGGCCAUCAAUUUUAACUGCCAAUUUUUUACACCCUACAUAUAAAGGUAAAAAAUUUAUGCAUAUAGAAAAGUAUCGAUGUGAAGUCUAUAACUUCCUUAGUAAAGAGUUGAAUGUAAAAAAUCUAUGUGAUCACCUUGGCAUACAAGCUUUUCUGCAUGGCACAGAUAUAUUCAAGAUCUUGGAUUCUAAAAAUCUUACGUUUCCUCAUACGUACUGGUUUAUGGCUAGUAAAAAAUAUCCUGAUCUCGCAGAAUUAGCUGAUAAAUUAAUGAAGAUUCCAGCCUCUUCAGCUCAAAUUGAGCGUUUAUUUUCGCAAUGGUCUUUUGUUCAUUCCGAUAUACGAAAUCGAUUAACCACUGAGCGAUCCCAAAAAUUGAUAGAAAUAUAUUAUUCAUUAAAAAUGUCGAAUAGAUGCGAUAAAUACAUUGAUGAUAAUGUUGAUAUUACUUAUGAUGACUAA